GGAACAUUGACCACGUCGUGCAGCUGCUGCGCACGCGGGUGGCGGGCCGCGGGGUGUGUCGAGAGGGUAUUGAGCGGCUGGGCCAGUUGGAGGGCUUCGAGUCGAUCUGGCAGGAAGAUAGCUUGAAUAUCGCGGGCAAUUUCGUGGACUUGGAGAUUGAGUUCCACCGGAGAGAGAAUACCGUCUUGGACGUUAGCUUGAAGUACGCGACGCCUGAGGCGACGGAAGGGGAGAGUCGCGACGAGGCGACCGCCGUGUUGAAGCGGGGCCUGAUCCAGCCGUCUGAAGACGGGGAGCGCGGGGAUUGGAAGUCUCUUGCGGGGUUCCAUGAGAAUCUGCAGUGGCUGGCUCGGCAUGACCGGCUCAGUCAGGAGGUCAAUUGCUUCGAGGCGAUUGAAGGGCUUUACGAGAGCUUGCGGCGGGUGUGGGACGCUGAGGGGAGCCAAGGCAAAAUCCCCGGGGUCUACGAACGUCUAUGUCAAGCAAAUGUUGGCCGCCCGUUCCUCCACCAGGAAGGUCGGAUCGGGCUGGGGCUGGAUUACUGGGUGUGGCAGGCACGCGUCGUGGACGCUCAGUGUAAAAAGAGCAAGGGGUCGGAUGACAUGGAGAUCGACCAUUCGCAAGACGUGCCGGAGUCGCUCAAGGGGAGGUGGAGCGUCGCCGUCGAGUGCGAGGAGGGCUAUCCGUCGCUCCGGGUGUCAAAAGACUGGGUUGGGCCGGAGCCACUGACGCGGGUUGACAACGCCGCGGAUGAGCCCGACAUGGUAGUCAACUGGACGGACCCCCCCGCGACAAUCGCAACCAACAGCCAGGGGCAUCCGGAUGCCAUGGCUCUCGAUGCGAACAUGCUGGGGUCGGCACCCAACCGGCGGUUCGUCGCGCGGCUGGAGCCCCCGCUCGACGUGCCCAUCAUCGUCGGCUCGGACAUCUACCGACAGUUGGGAUUCGACAUCCCGCAGGAGUUCCGGGUAGUCACCUACGACGGCAUCACGUACGAUGGGCUCCUGGCCCCCGGGUGGUCACCCGUGUCCGCCGCGACGGCCAUGGGAUUGGGGCUGGAAGAUGCAUACCAGUUGGGCCGAAAGCGGCGACGCAUGUCGGUGUCUGCCGUGGACGUGGACGGGAAGCCAUACAAGAAGUGGCACACCUACACGUUCCAGCCUUUUGAGUCCACGCAGGGCCGAACAAUCCGGGAUAUUGUCUUUGCGCAUCCGCGCCAGCUUGCCGAGAUUUUCCCUGUUCUGCGCCAAUACGCAUCCCUCGCCAACAUGAUUCGCUCCAUCUUCAACAACGACCGCCCGGAGGAGAUCCAGCAAGAGUCUCCCAACGGCUUCCCGUCCCCGAAGGGAUCCGAGAAUCUCUCAAGCACCAAGACUACGAACACCGUCCUCAGCAACGACGACCCCAACGAGCUAAAGCUCAACUGGCUACUGAAUUCGGCCAACAGCAGCAACACCAACACCGACAACCACACCACCCCCACCGAUUCCCCCCGCAAGGGAGACACCAACAGCACCAACAACGACGUCAAAGUAGACGUAACCCUCCGAACGCAACUCUCCCACCCACCCGUCAUCAUGCUCCUCUUCACCGUAACCGACACCCAGCUCGGCCUCCCCACCAGCGCCAGCGGCACCACCCCACGGAAAGUAUCAAUCAGCCUAGAAGUCGGCCUCAACGGACGGAUCGCAGUCAUCGACAUGGCCGGACUACUCGAGGACUCUCCCACACCAGAAGACUCCAACGACGCCGACGCCACCGCCGACACCGUCACCGACGAGGCGAUCCAACUACAGCGCCAAAUGGCGCACGUGCUAGAGAUCUCGCAGGACAUCGGGGUCCUGGUAGAGUGGAUCUUGCGAUGGGCGAGACGGCGACAGCAAUGAUCGGCCGGGGUAGCUAGGUCAUCGACCGGGUAGCAACGAUCAGCACCGGGGUCCCUUGUUUCUGUAACAGAUCCGAUCCGAUCUGAUCGGAUCUGGUGUACCUAGAUAGGGUUUGCUAUGAUAUGAUGUUCAGUGCAGGGUUGGUUAUCGGAUCGUCAGGACCUUAUCUGGCGGGAAGGGGUGUACCUGCAUUGUGUUGGACGAUCGGGAAUCUACCUGGUUACUUAGCUGGAUGAAUGGAUGGACAGGGA